AUGGAUGGCAGACUUUUUACUUUGCUAUUUCUGAUCGUAAUUAACAUCAUCUCAGCAUGUUGUGAAGCAGUUAGUGAAGGGCUUUCUUGUUCAGAAAAUCAGCAGGGAUUUGAGAGCUCCUGCUAUGAGUUUGUGGCCCAGCAGCGCAGUUUCCUCAGCGCUCAGGCUUGGUGUGAGCGGGACGGUGGGCACCUGGCCUUCAUCCAGAACGAUGAAACCCAGCAGUUUCUGCAAAAACACCUGCAGCCGGAGCAGGACUGGUGGAUAGGACUGGUGUCUACCUCCAUCAACCUCGCUCUGGACACGCAAGGCGGCUCGAUCUGGUUAGAUAGUUCAGAUGUGAUUUACUCAAACUGGCUCAGCGAGUCGAUGCUGGAGACUGGCUGUGGCUACAUCAACACAGACUCUGGAUUCCACUGGAAGACAACGAGCAACUGUAGUCAGGAAUUCUACUUCAUCUGUGAGUUUGAACAGGGACGCUCUCUGUCCUGUAUGGACAGGACUAUGCUGCACUGUGGCUUAGAUCAGGUGAUAGAGGUUGAUGAGAGCUACUAUGGCAGGAAGACUCCACAUUACUGCAGGAGCAACAUCUCCAGCUCUCUCACAGCUUCUCUGGAGCAGUGCAGCUGGAUCAGUGUGCUGGAUGUAGUAGCAGAGCUCUGUAACGGACAGCAGUUUUGCACGGCUGUGGCAGAUGUAUCAUCUUUUGGAGAGCCGUGUCCUUCGCUGGGAAGUUACCUGUUGGUGGAAUACCACUGCAAAGAUAAACCCUCUUAUGUUGUCGUGGAAAGAUCUGCAGAUGAUGGUGUUGACGAUUCUUUUGUUGAGAAAGGCAAGGAUAAGAUAGACUGCUCAAACAAAAAGACCCUGAGACUACUAAAGGGACAAAAUACAAACAAUUUGGAAAUCAAAGCCAGAAAGAUUAGAUCUUUCAAAAAGGACGUCAACGUAGUGGUGUUUUGUGAACAAAGUAGCACAACUUCUUAUGUGACGAAAACCAUUCAAUAUUCCUUGAUAAAGAUGGACAAGAGUCAGCUCAAGAACUCCAUCGAUAAUGAAUUGAAUCUACUUGGGGGAGCAGAUGACACAGAAGAGUUUAGAGAGGAGCUUCUUUCAGACAUAUGUGUAACUUUAGAAGAGCCUCUCCAGCAGCACACAGAAGUGCUGGCCUUUGCUAGUGUUUUGACAAAAAUCACUGAAGAUCAGGACAAAAUUAAUGUUAAUGCUCAGGAGAAUGGUGUUUGCGUACUAGAUAUCCUAAGUAAAUCUCUCAAGCCAAUCAAUCUGGAAAACAUCACUGCACGAACAGAAAUAGCCAACCUCCUCGUUAUGUCCUCUAGUCACAUCCUCGCUGCCUUUGAGAAGGACAAAGAGAGCGACAUCUCUGGUUUUUUAAUCACCGCGGUGGACUCUGUGCAGUCAUUCCUGCUAACAAAUAAAACACCUGAUCUGGAGCCCACCAUCAUCACCUCGCCUAAUGUCAAUAUUUACGUCAACAGGAUAUCGCCAGUUAACCUCCAUAAAGAGCCCUUCAGUGUUGAGAACAGUUCAGCUGGAUUCAAGCUACCGAAUCUGGGCUCUGAUAUACUGCCUGUUGAUGAGCCAGUGGAUGUGAAAAUGACACAUUUUAAUAUUGAUCCAUGGAUUGAAGGUCAGACCAUUCAUAGCAUUGUGACCGGUUUGUCCCUCUCCAAAACAAACGGCUCUGGCAUUCCUGUGGCAAACCUCACUAAGGAGAUUGAGAUCUUAUUACCCAGGCUGGACACAUCAGUGAACAGCUCAGUUCUAGAUCUGAGAAACUUCAGUACUUCGAUCAUCAAUAUAACCACCCCCAACAUUACUCUGGUUAUAAAGCUCCGUCCCUCUGAAGAUUUAACACUAAUAUUACUGCUGGGUUAUGAGACCCAACCCACCGAGGAAAACAAUGUAGCCAAAGUUACACUUCCUCAACAAGGAAAUUCACAAGAUGAAAGGUACACAUGGGUCUUGGGCCCCAGUGACAUGGCAGUAGAUGUGGGUGUUUACAACCUUCUCAUUCGACCUGUUGUUCCUCCGGGCGUAAAGUCUAUAAAUGCAUCAGUAACAAUCACAUCCAUUACUGCUCAGUGCAUUUUCUGGCAAGAGACGAGAGCCAACUGGAGUGACUAUGGCUGUAGAGUUGGCCCUAAAACGACCCCCAAUGUGACACAGUGUCUGUGCACCCAUUUAACCUUUUUUGGGAGCAGUUUCUUUGUCAUGCCCAAUACGGUAGAUCCGUCCAAGUCUGCUGAGCUGUUUUCCAACUUUGCACAGAACCCAGUAGUAGUGUGCUUUAUCGGGGCAAUUUUCUUAGCUUACAUCCUGAUAGCGGCAUGGGCGCGCAAGAAGGACCUACAGGACACAACCAAGGUCUUGAAGAUUACUAUGCUAGAGGACAAUGAUCCCUUUGCUGAGUACUGCUACUUGCUGAAGAUCAGCACUGGUCAUCGCAUGGGUUCCUCCACUUCAUCACGGGUAAUAGUGACUCUACAGGGUACGGAGGGAGAAUGUGAGCCCCAUCAUCUGACUGACCCUGAUAAGCCAGUGUUUGAAAGAGGAGGUGUGGACCUGUUCUUGCUGACCACCCCCUUCUCACUGGGAGAGCUGCAGAGCAUCAGACUGUGGCAUGACAACUCAGGAGCUCAUCCUGCUUGGUAUGUUAAUAUGGUGAUGGUAGAAGACCUGCAGACUGAGCAAAAGUGGCACUUCCUGUGCAGCUCGUGGCUGGCUGUUGAUAUAGAUGAUUGUACUGUUGAAAAAGUGUUUCCUGUAGCAUCAGAGGCGGACAUGAAAGGCUUCAGCAAUUUAUUCUUCAUGAAAACAACGACGGACUUCUGUGACGGUCACAUCUGGUACUCUGUGGUCAGUCGGCCCCCCAGCAGUAGUUUCACCCGUGUGCAGCGCGUCUCGUGCUGCUUCUCAGUGCUGCUUUGCUCCAUGUUGACCAGUAUCAUGUUCUACGGGAUUCCCACUGACCCCUCAGAGCAGACCAUGGAUAUGGGUCCGAUUAAACUCACCUGGAGUGAGGUGAGGAUUGGCAUCCAGAGCUCCUUUAUCGUAUUCCCCGUCAACCUAGUAAUUGUGGGACUCUUCAGACAUUCACGUCCCCGAAAAAAGAAGACAAAGAAAGAAAAGAAGCCUAAGAAGUCUGAGCCUCCUCAAAUGGAGAAAGACAUCCCGUAUGAGAGCGCCUCCUCACUUUUUGAUCAAAACAAUUUAACUGUAGAUUUCCUCAUCAAAGACAUACAGAGAAUCACAUACUUGUUUGCAAAUGCCAUGAGAUGUCCUGUCCAGAAAAACUUUGAAAAGGAAGACAUCAACACUUUGCUGUCAGAGCUGCAGAACCUCAUCGAACAACAGCACCUAAUUCACAAAAACAACACCUCCUCGGUUUUCUGGCCCUACACCCAUCAUCUCUCCAAACAACUUGAAAAUGUGGAGGGAGAAGUGAAGCUGCUGGGGCCUUCAGACUUUUCCAGGCCUGGGUGCUACAUUCAGGUGUUACUGCAGGUCCAGAGCAUGAAGAAACUGCUGGAAAGUCUCCGUUCCUCCAGACCCACUGAGCAGCGCAUCUGUAGCUUGAGUCCCAAGAAAAACAGCAGCAGGAAGGGUCUGCCCUGGUGGUUUGUGUAUGUGGGUUGGCUUCUUGUUGCGGCCACAAGUGUGGUAUCAGGGUACUUCACCAUGUUGUAUGGACUGAAAUACGGGAAAGAUCGCUCAAUCAGUUGGAUAAUCUCCAUCGCGAUGUCCUUCACUGAGAGCCUGUUCUUCACCCAGCCUGUAAAAGUGCUUUGUUUUGCCAUUUUCUUUGCAUUGGUGGUGAAAAAAGUCAAUUUUGAGGAUGCAGAACUUAUUGAUACCUUGCGUAAGAAAACAUCCACUCGCUCAGAGGGAGUUUCUAUCAGAGUUACUCCUCCCAGUGACAUUGAGAAGAUUAAGAGAAACAUGGUCAAACAGCAGAAAGCACAAGCACUCAUCAUGGAGAUUCUAGCGAGUGCCAUUUUGGACGAAUCUGUGUCAGCGCGCGCCACAAAGAUACGGUUUUCUAGCGUGAUUCGGCACAUCCGGCAGAGCUUCAGCAAUGGCAUUUCAGAGAGUAUGAACCACAAUGAUGUGUUUACCUGGGCUAACACUGUACUUCUUAAUAACCUGUUUGGACAGUAUCAAGGCUUUAUAACGGAUGGAAACUCGAAACUUGUUGGGGGCGCUCGUUUUCGUCAAGUUAGGGUGAAGAGAGUUUAUUGUGGGUUUAAUAUAGAGAUUUUUGUGGGAUUUGUGGAUAUGGUUGUUUUUCGGUCUGUUGGUGGUGGUAACAACAAUCUCACAGCUUGGGAAGUGUAAAAGAGAGUGUGUGCGCUCAAAGCAAUCCCCGUUUGGGGAAUGACUGCACUUUAUAGAGGAGGAGGCUAUGUUAUGGACCUCGGUUCUGACCUGCAAAAUGCUAGCAGGAAGCUUCAAUAUCUUUUUGACUCGACCUGGUUGGAUAUGUACACAAGGGCAGUCUUUGCUGAGUUUACGGUGUAUAAUGCUAAUGUCAACCUCUUCUGCAUUGUCACACUGAUUCUAGAGGGCACUGCAGUGGGUGCAUUUCAGUUUCGCAGCGUGGUUCAGAGUGUCCGUCUCUACCAGUCCACAGGUGGCUUUCAAUCGUUUCUCAUGGCCUGUCAGGUCUUUUAUUUCCUCUUCAUCGUCUACUACAUGUUUUUGCAGGCAAAGCUGCUGAAGCGGCAGAAAUGGGCAUAUUUCAAAAACAAGUGGAAUCUGUUAGACCUGGCCAUCAUCAUUUUAAGUUGGAGUUCAUUGUCAGUGUUCAUCAAGAGAACAGUGCAGGGAGACAAAGACAUUGAAUACUACCAAAACCACAAAGAUCAGUUUCCCAGUUUCCAUGACACAGCUGUCAUAGACGCUACACUGGGAUAUCUCAUGGCUUUCUUGGUUCUUCUGGCCUGUGUAAAACUCUGGCAUCUGCUGAGACUCAACCCUAAACUUCACCUCAUCACCUCUUCACUGCAGCGGGCAUGGAACGAUAUGUCCAGCUUCAUUGUAGUUAUCGUCAUUAUCCUCUUGGCCUAUUCACUUACUUGCAAUCUAAUAUUUGGAUGGAAGCUGUACUCAUACAGAACUUUCCCAGAUGCGUUCAAAACAAUCUUCAGUUUGCAGUUUGGAAUCUUCAAUUACGAUGAGGUGCUGAGUUCUGAUCCGGUGCUCGGCGCUCUCAUCAUUUCCACUUGCGUCAUCUUCAUCACAUUCGUGAUCCUGACCCUCUUUGUCUCAAUCAUCCUCGAGGCGUUCGGUGAAGAACAGGAGAAACACCAGCCCUCUGAGGAAGAGGAAAUCGUUGACUUGAUGUUAGUGAAGAUCCUCAGUCUUUUUGGAAUCAAAUGCAAGAAGAAAGAAGAAGAAACUCAUAAUGGUGACAAAACUACCUAGUCCUUAUCACUGGCUCGUGCUCCUACAGGAGGGAUCGCUGACUUCUUUCCUUGCUCUA